GAGUUUUCAGUAUUGAAAAGAAAAAACUGUACGUUCGCAUAAGAUGACGAUGAAGCCGACACUCCGAGCUUGUCUCUCGGCACUGUUCACUGGCGAAAACGGCGUCGUUUCCCUCUCCGCGAAGCCAAGGGCUACAUCUUACCUAAGGAUACUGGCCAAUACCCAAUCAGAAGGCAUUCAGAGCCUGAGGCGAUCCCUCCAUAGUUCCUCUGAGGAAGAUGAUGACUGGUCUGAAUUAGGCGUACCAGUAGCACAAGGUGUAGGUACACAUCUGAAAUUGAAGACAGAAAAGCCAGACCGUUUUAGGAAAGAUGAACCUAGAAAAAGAUCUUCAUCUCGCAUGUCUUUGCCUGCAGAAGGUCAGCCCAGGUCGAAGGGCGUCUCAUCAAAACUGGUUAACUCUUCACCAGCUCCUACUCUCAAGCCAGACAACCAAGUCAAUAUUUCUAGUACUCCUACCAAUAUAAAUGUUUCUAACUUCAAAAGUUCAAGCUCUAUUUCUGUUGAGAAUGUCCCUUCCACAAUCAACCUUUCCCUGUUGAAAAAGGCACUUUCAGUUUUUGGGGAGAUUUCUAAGGCUUCCAUGACUAGUAAACCAAAUGAAUUUAAUUGCUGCUAUGUCCAAUUUGAGAGUGUAGAAUCUUGCAAGAGAGCAAUUGCUGUUGGUGGAAUUAGAGUGAGCAGCUUCAUCCUACCAAUUUGUCCUCUGCGUGUCGAGGAAACUGUUACCAUUAGGAUUAGCAACGUCAGCUCAGAGACUGCUGAUUCAGCAAUACAUUCUAUAUGCGUGUCAUUUGGUCUUUUGGAGGGGCUUGUAAGGACAAAGGAGGGAUUGGUGGAUGCCUUGUUUAGUGUGGAGGACAACAAAAACGCACAAAGCAUACUUACAAAAUGAAGCUGACGAUGCCAGAUUUCUUUUCGUCAGUGUUAGGUAAGAAUACAUGACUUCCAUAAUCUUUCUCCUCAGUUGAGUAUGCCUUUGGUUGUCAGAUUGAACCACACGAGCAUGGAUGACUGCAAAUGGACAGCCUGUUUGCAUUCUAGAGACUCUGCCUCUGAAGUGAUGACCAACAAAGAUUAUACUCAGUGCAAUUUGGGGUUACAGAUCAUCAGUCAUUUGGAUGACUUGGAAGCACAAAUGUCCAUGAAGAAGGUAUAUGCAGAAGAUUUAAAGAUUCUGCAUCAUUCCUUAAUGCACCUCGAAUCUCACCCUGCGAGUAGGGAGAGAAGUUCCCAAUAUUGAUGGGAGUUAUGUAUAUCACUAUUAGGUACUCUCUGCGAUGCAAAAGCCUUCAUGAAAAUCCAGAAGAUUAUUAUCAAGAGUUAAAUACUAAUCUUGGCUGUCAAAAUCUUUGAUUUUUGAUUUUGAAAGUAUUUUAGGGAGAUCUGACGGGACAAUUAGGUUCUCACCAUGUCAUGAUCAUGAUUCCCUUGAUGGAAGAUAGAAUGUGGCAAAAUAUUGGCUUGUAUCAUUAUUAGAUAUUUUAGGGUUUCGAAGGCAUGUACUUAACUGAUAUUGACUCUUAUUAAACUUGGAUGUUGAAGUCUAUAA